AUGCUUAAUUCGACUACAUUUGUGAACAUUCUUAUUCCUGGUCUAGCUGAUUACUUCCUUUCAUCCAAUUCAAAAAGCCACAACACGCACACAGGCAUUACCCACACGCCCCCAACCUCAAAGCCACAACACGCACACAGGCAUUACCCACACGCCCCCAACCUCAAAGCCACAACACGCACACAGGCAUUACCCACACGCCCCCAACCUCAAAGCCACAACACGCACACAGGCAUUACCCACACGCCCCCAACCUCAAAGCCACAACACGCACACAGGCAUUACCCACACGCCCCCAACCUCAAAGCCACAACACGCACACAGGCAUUACCCACACGCCCCCAACCUCAAAGCCACAACACGCACACAGGCAUUACCCACACGCCCCCAACCUCAAAGCCACAACUCGCACACAGGCAUUACCCACACGCCCCCAACCUCAAAACCACAACUCGCACACAGGCAUUACCCACACGCCCCCAACCUCAAAACCACAACUCGCACACAGGCAUUACCCACACGCCCCCAACUUCAAAACCACAACUCGCACACAGGCAUUACCCAAACGCCUCCAACAUUAACCCCCGAAACCACAGCUCAAGCACUCAUUACCCACGCCGUCUGCUCUCCCUCCAAUCCAUGGUUCUUGUAAAUAUCCACACCAACUGCCCCAUCCACAGUCCACAAUUCACACCUACAAACACAUUACCCAGCUAG